AUUGAACUGCUUCCCAUUCCUUCACUGAAAAUGCCACUACGGACCCCUACGCAACCUACACAUUCACACAGAUCAGUGUGGGUCAGGCGCGGAGAUCGAAAAUUAUCGAUCGCCAACUUCAAUCUUAUCGUCUUGAGUCAUUGGCCACUCUGAUUAUCGUGAUACUGAAGAAAACCACGUACUAAGUACUGCCGUGUUCGGGCCAACACCGGCACAUACAAGUAGGACCGCAUGGCCGAUGCAAUCGAAAACGUCGAAGACAUUCUGCUUGACUCGCUCGAGAUCCUCGGCACAGAACGAGUAGAAGACCCGGGGUGUAUUCAGUACGGCGACCUCGUACUAACCGUCGCGCCGAAGGAAGGAAAGGCGAAUACGUUGCUCGCAGACCAUCUGUUCUCACCGGCCCUCCUCCUCGCCGAGCGCAUCGAACGAAAUUUGGUCGAAGUUGCAGGCCGAUCUAUCAUCGAACUUGGCGCGGGAUGCGCACUUCCCUCACUCCUCGCUGCUACCCUGCCUGAACCCCCUAAGCUGGUAGUGGUGACGGACUACCCGGAUGAUAUCAUUCUUGGAAACCUCAGAAGGACUGUGGAACGUAACGUACAACAUUUCCGCCCCCCGUGUGCCGUGCAUUGCGAAGGAUACGAAUGGGGAAAGGACGCCUCUUCACUGCUUCAUCUGUCUGAGGGCCCUGACGGGUCACUUGGGUACGGUGUGGUGAUAAUGUCCGACUUGCUGCACUUUCACUCCUCCCACGAUGCACUCAUCCACUCGCUCUCGUGUCUCCUUGCGAAGACGUCUGGCGCUCGGGUGUACGUCGCCGCAGGUAACUAUACCGCACUACCGGUAUGCCAGAAUUUCCUGGACACUGGAUCCCGUAUUGGUUUGUUGUGGGAGGACGGCGGCGGCGCUAGUGACCAAGGGAACCACAGCGAUUAUAAGGGGGAUAUCGAAGCCACGAGCCCGUGGCUGGGCACAAGAGCCAUCGCCGGCAUUGACGCUACACAGCUUGGCGUCCGCAAAGGCCUGUGCCGGUGGUGGGUCGGUAGAUGGAAUAUCCCAGACAUUAAAGGUGUUGUUGAUGGGAUCACCGUGGUCUGAUAUGCUGCCGGGCAAUGUUGGUCGGCGUUAAUUAAUACACCUCUGGCAUUGCAAGGCUUCAGGGUUUUGCGGUGAAUUCUU